AUGGAAAAUAUACAAGUUGUAACUCAAGAUUUCGUUAAUGUUCAUAUUACGAAAUCUGAUUGCGAAGAUGCGGCUCCAGUGGAACGCCGGUUCAAAAAAAGCAUCACUAUUCACGAAUUUAAGACAAAAUUGGAACUAGUUACUGGUGGUUCGGCCGCCACAAUGAAGUUAAAAGUUUAUGACAACAAAAAUAAAUUUCUUUGUGAUAUUGAUAAUGAUGAAGCCUUACUUGGAUCUUAUCCUAUUGAUGAUGGAAUGAGGAUACAUGUUGUCGACAAUUUCGCUAUGAUUAAAGAUUUUGCUGAUGCAGAUAGUGCUGAAAGAUUCCGUUUGUCUGAAGAAGAAUAUGAGAAGAAAGGAGAUACUCUGCGUUCAUUUCUACAACGUAACAAAUUGGGUAAAUAUAAUGAGGAAGACAUGAAGAAACUGAAGGAACAGCAGCAGAAAGAACUAGAAGAAGAGGCUAAGCUGGCAGAGGCGGUGCUGGUGGGCGCGCGCUGUGAGGUGCGCGUGCCGGCGCAGGGCGCGCGGCGCGCCACCGUGCGCUACAACGGCGCGCUGGAGGGCGCGCGCGGCCUGUGGAUCGGCGUGCAGUACGACGAGCCGCGCGGCAAGAAUGACGGCGAAGUGAAUGGCAAAAGAUAUUUCACAUGUCCACCCAAAUACGGCGGGUUUGUUAAGCCCAUGUACGUCACGGUCGGGGACUUCCCCGUGGAGGAGUUCGACUUGGAAGACGAGAUA